AUGGACAGUUGGUUGAAAAGUGGGUCUAUUAAUAAGACGCCUGCUACGGAGUCAUCUUGUUAUAAUAUAGAAGAAAGCAUAACCAACGAAAACGGAGUUAAUGAUAAUAGUCCUACUUCUCAAGGUAUGAGUAGUACACUACCGCCCAAUACUGGUGACUCUGUCCCAAGAACGUCCAAAAAACGUAAAUACGAUGAAAGUUAUUUGGAGAUGGAGUUCAUAGAAACAAACGAUGGCCAGCCACAGUGCGUAAUUUGUUCAAAAGUUUUUCCUAACAGUUCUAUGUAUCCCGGAAAAUUACGUCAUCAUUAUGAAAAGGUCCACACAGAUCACAAUGGGAAACCACUCGAUUUUUUCAAACGAAAGCGCUCUGAACUAUUGGCUGUUAAAAAAAAAAUAAAAAAGCACGUUCUAACCGAUAAUGAAAACGCAUUGAAAGCUUCCUACAUGGUGAGUUACCGUAUAGCUCAAAAAGGCGAAGCUCAUACCAUUGCGGAGACCCUCAUAAAACCAUGUGGUAUUGAUAUAGUAACUUGUAUGCUUGAUGACAAAUCUGCCAAACAUUUAUCCAUAAUUCCUUUAUCAAAUAAUACUGUUGCGCGACGAAUUAAAGAUUUGGCUAGCAACGUAUCAGAAACACUUGUCUCUCGUAUUAAAUACACAAAAUUCGCACUACAAAUAGACAAAUCAACCGAUAUUGCUGGUCUUGCUGUACUAUUGGUGUUCGUUCGUUACGUAAACAUGAACUCUUUUGAAGAAGAUCUUUUAUUUUGUAAACCACUUCUAUCUAAUACGACAGGGGUUCAAAUUUUCGGUUUAUUGGAUGAUUUCUUUACAGAAAAUCAGAUUCCAUGGACAAACUGUAUCGUUGUGUGUACUGAUGGUGCUAGGGUUAUGACAGGUGCAACAGCUGGAGCAAUUGCUAAAAUAAAGGAGAAAUCAAAUGAAACUACUAGUAGUCAUUGCAUACUUCAUAGACAUGCUCUAGCAAUGAAAAAUAUUCCUCUUUGUCUAAAAAACGUAUUGGAUGAAGCCAUAAAAAUAGUCAACUUCAUCAAGUCACGUCUUCUGAAAUCUAGACUUUUUAAAAUCUUGUGUGACGACUUGGGAAGUAUUCAUAAUACGUUACUUUUCCAUACAGAAAUCAGGUGGUUAUCUCGCGGUAAAGUAUUAACACGUUUAAUGGAAUUAAGGGUUGAAGUUUCUUCAUUUCUAAUGGACCACAACGUUACAUUUGCUGAAACUAUGAAUGACGUGAUUUGGCUUUGUUAG